AUGAGCAUAAAUUGCAGCAUAAACCUCAAAGAAAACGAAAUUAAUGAAAAUAAAAAUAUUGUUGAGAAUAGUAAUGUUGCUAUAGUUGAUUGUUGCCAAUCACCUAGUUAUUCGGCUACCAACAAUUUUUUGAAUGUAUCACAUCCAAUGGUUAGGCAAUCCUCUGAUACUACACAGAAUCGGAGAGGUAGAAAGCUAAGUCGAUCAUCUGCCUUUGAUAAUGGUGAACCUGGUACUUCUACCACAGGUGGAACUCAACGGGAUAGGCCUGCUACUUCCUGUCUUGGACAGAAUGAGGUGUUUUAA